GCAAGUUGCUGGGCGUCAGGGAGAGGUGCCAUCUUAGAAGAGGGCAGCGUUAACGGCGACGACGGGGAGUUUAAUCUUCGCCUUUCAGAGAAACGGUCGAAGCGCGGUGCUGCGGGAACCGAGAGUUUGCUGUCGUGGUCGUCGUCACAUUCUCGGGGUUCGGUAAAGUCCCUGCGCAUGGGUGACAAAGACCUGGGUCCCCUCCCCUGUGUCCGAUGUAAGGCCAGCGGCUUCCUUGCGUAUAAUUUAUGGAAUUCUUUUUCGUCAGGGACGCCUUCCUCUCUAGGCCCCGGAGUCUGGGCCUCGGCCUAUGCUUAUUUCCGGCUUUUCCUGAGCUCUGCUUUACGUUCUCGCCUUAACUUUCCGUUUAACGCCCAUUUCCUAAUUUCUGCAAACGGUCUUUUGAUGUUUUAUUGAUUUAUUAAUUUAAUUUGAAUCUCUUCUCCCGCUCCCCAGCCCAGCCCGCCUGGAAACCCACCCCCCUUUUUUUUACAUUUUUUAGGUAAGCGGUACAGCAUUACCACUGUAUUCCUAGGCCAGCCCCUUCCUUUUAAUCUUUCUUUGGUUAAAUAAUUGUUUUUAACCCCAUUCCUUAGUCCUUUAAGGGUUUGGAGGGAAAAACAACUAGCAAACAUUGUGAAUUUGGGAGUUUAAAAAUUCCUUACCUGAUUAUUUAUAGGCAGUGCUUGUUUAAUAAUCAUAUUUUUUAACAAAAAUAGAAUAGUGCUUAUUGUAAUAGAGACAUUGGAGAUUUGCUAGAAUAGCAAGGUUAAUAUUAGGAUAAUUAUACUUCCACAAGAUGUCAUUUCACUAGUGAUGUCCUUUGAUUGCAAGAUGUUUUGCAUUUAGGAAGUAAUUAGUAUUAUACCUACUAGGUUUGUUUUUUUAAAAAAAAAGUUUUUCUAGGAUACAGUAAUUAUAGUGGAUUAGAAAAUGCAGUUCUUUCUAGAAUGCAGUUUGGCACAAAGAGACCCAAAACAGUUUAUUAAUCUAAUAGAAAGUAGUAUUUUAUUAGCGUUUGCUGUAGGUUAACAGAUUUAUUUCCUGUAUUAUUUUUUUUUAAAAAUCCUUUCAACCCACCACCCACAUAUGCAUAAACAGAGUAGUACACUUUAUCUGACUUUCUUCCUCAAUGUGAGUUUGAUGCCUGGUAGCUACAGGAACAGAUCCAUGCAGGGUUUUUUGCCGACUGUGUGAAAGUAUUUUAUCAUUGCCUUCUGUAGCAGUGUAAGUGCAGCAAACUGGAGACUGCAGAGCUGUUAUAAAAGAAAGCUGGGCCAUAUCUGGAAGAACUUUCUUUUAUAAGAAGUAAUAUGGUAAAAUCGUAUUGUUGGAAUUGCUUGUUUCUUAAAUGAAGUUUUCCAUGCUUGAUAUUUAGUUAGCAAGUGCACAGUGGCAUUAGAUUAGCUACAAGGGUAUAUAAAAAGAAAAUGCUGGCUAUCACUGGAUAGCCUCUGUCUAAACAAAAAAGCUGUGACAAAACAAGCAAAAUGUGUAGUCCUGAACAUGAUGACCUAUUUUGCCUGUUUUCCUGGCAUAUAGAACACACCAUCAACAGGAAUUGCAUUCUAGAAGGGCAGUGUGCUGUAACAUAUAAGGCAGAUUCUAUAGAAUUUUAAAAGCUAUCUAAUAUGUAAUAUCAAGCACUUUUGUGAGCCAGAGUGGACUUUACUUAAUAUUUGUAUUGGUAGUGAUUAAAAAAGCCUGUAAUGUAGUUACAGGGCAAAGAAUCUUCAUUUUAUUCUGAAUUUACAUUUUAUUUUCUAUGUUAUUUCAUCAGUUGAAAGCUUAAGUGUGAAAAUAUGCCUAUUUUAUAGGCUGUCUCUUAUAGAAUAAAAAGGUAGAAUACAAAAGGAAUUUAUAAGUGAUUAGUGCUAUCCUUGUAUAUGUGCCUUGUUCAGCCCUUUGAGAUGGUUAGAUAUUUCUGAUCAGUCUAUUGCUCUUCUCUCCAAGACCUGCAAAAAGGCUUUCAUAGCAAGCAUACAUUAAAGGUAGUGUUUGAUAUAUGCAAACAUUAUUGUAAUCAAAUCUCCCCCAUCAAAACGCUGUUAAGAUUUGCUGCCCUUGGCAAGUGUAGUAGUUGAGGAAAGACUUAAUUAGUUGCAACAAUUAUGAAAGCAUAAAAACAACGUACAUUGAUAAAUACUGUCCUGUAUAUUGGUAGGGAUAGCUGAGAAAUUGGAUACCAGUACUUUCAAGACAACAAAUCUCUCCACUCAAGACAUAAGGUCAGAUCAUAUUUUCACAGUUUUGAUUAAAUUUUACUUAGAGCUUUGGCAGUUAUGUAAAUUAGUGCUGUGAAAUGGCAAGUUAAUUAGCAGAAUGAUAGCUCUAAUUUUGGCUGUUUUGAACAGUUUAAAAUGUAGCUGAAAAUAUUCCCUAUAGAGUAUUUACUGUUAGGCACAAAGGAUCAGGACUGUAUGUCAAGCCUAUAGGCUCAAGCCUAUAUAAAAGAAUCUAAUCAACUAAAGUCGGUAUUAAAUUGACAUCAGAUAAUGGUCAAUGGAAUUCAAGAGGGAUUGGACUUUGCCCGUUAGUGGCAACGUCUUUAAGCUGAUGACAUGCUUAAUUCUACUCCUCAGCUCUGCAUUCUCUUCGAUAUUUACAGCUUAAAAGAAUUGUGUAAACAUACGGUAGAAACAUCCUGUGUCAUCUGGACAUGCGAAUUGUUGAUAUUUCAUAGUCAAGUGGAGCAACUUGAAAUGAGCAGAAAAAUUAGAAUCUGGGAGCUUCUGCCUUUAGAUUAUUCACUUUAUAUUGCUAGAAAUAGCAGUUCCCCUCCAGAAUGUUAAUGGCCCUCUUUAGGAUUUUGUACCAACCAAACUAAAAAUUACUCAGCUAAAAAUGCAAUUUAAAUACAGAAAUUGACUUCCCUGCUGUCAAAGAUACAAAUUUAUUUUUGCAGUAAGAAAUAAUUGUUUUCACAUUCUUUAAAACAGUUGGAUUUUAAUGCAGCAGUGGAACAGUUCAAUAGUUCUGGCUUAAUCCACAGGGUAACAAGUCAUUUGUUACCCAAGUUGGAAAGAUGGUAUGUUCUUAAAUUACUUGCAACAAAUGGUAUGCAAAAUGCUUGGGAUAUGUACUAAAUGGACAGGUACCAUAAUACUUUUCCCCAAAUUAUUCAGUGUAUAUGAAAAUGAAAUGCUCCUAACAUUAUUUUAAUUUUGCUUGUUAUGGUGCACCUAAACUUUGUGCACCUAAAGGACAACUUUUUCUACCAUUUAAAGACAGUUAAAUCUAUUGUUUUUAAAAUAUACAUAUUUUGUUUAAAAUAGAAUGAUUAUGGAAAUAAUAAUAUGUAUUUGACAGAACCUUUUUCCUUCAUUCAGAUUUUUCCAUCUGGAGCACUAGUAUCAUUUUGUGGCAGCAAGACAAGUUUAUGCAUAAAAAAAGAAAUGCAAAUAAAAGCAAUUUUACAGAUGCUGUUUCUUAAAUUCCUAUUGUUGAAUUUCAACACAGACAAUAUAUUUUUUAAAAAAAACAUCUCUCUACUCUUUUAGAGUUUGGGAAAUAUCAUACUAUGAAUAUCCAAAGGCAAAUUAUUUUGUCUGGAGUAAAACUUUCCAACUUACUAUUCUACAUUCAUUAAAAUUACAUAUGCAAAAUUAUAUUUGGAAAGAAUAAAUUCUGAUUUACACACCUUAUUUGCUGUGUGACUGUAAAAACAUUGUUAGGAUGUUAGCUCAGUGACAUCCUUUCAAUCUUAUUGCUGACAAGCAGCACCUUUUUUUUUCAGGGAAAUGUUGCACUGACAACAAGAGAACAAAAUAAAAUUAUUUUAAAAAAUGAAUAGGUUGGACAUAAAAUGCUUUAUUUUCUUAAUGUUAUUCUGCCAAAUAUAUUGCUUUGCAGUUGCAAAUAAUACUAUACAAAAGAUUUACCCAUUUAAUCUAAAAAAUGUCACAAGGCACAUGUAUGUGUAAGGUUUGACAUGCAGUAUGAAUAUAUCUAUGUUUGUACUGUAUGAUAAACUAUUCAUCUAAAAAUUUAAUUACAUGGAAGUUUGAUUUGUUGAAAUGCAGAUUAUUAAUACUGCUCUUGCUUAUACAUUUUUACAUGUAUAAACACAUAAUAUGCAACUUUAUGUGUAUAUAUACAUGUCUGACUUUAUAGCUACUUUAUUUUUACUAUGCAGUUAAUAAAGAUCGGGGAAGAUUUUUUUCUUUUUUUCAAUAGGUGAAGAGAUCUUGAAGACCAGAAAUUGAAACAUUGUGUUUUAAUUAAAAAAAAAAAAAUACUGGCUGUGGAAGACGGAUCUUCUUUGCAGCUGGUUUGAAACAGAAGUUCCUCUUUAAAUGAACUAUUUAUUUUGAAGAGGCAAUUAACCACUGUUUCCAGCUUCCCUGGCUAUUCAAAUGGACUUACUUACUCCAAUAGUUUUAAUUCACCCUUUAUCUGAAUUUUGAAUUUGUGUCCUUGGCAAUGUGAGGAAGAAAAGUCUUUAUAUCCCGUUGCUAUUUUAUGGAUUGAGUGUUGAUUCGACCUACAGGAGAAAAAUAACUGGAAGUAUUUGAAGAUAGUAUUUGCUGGUCAUACCAAGGAUUAUAUUUUAAAGAAGAUAUUGCUAAAUCUGGUAUAGAAGAUUGUGCCAUUUUAAACAUCGUUGUGAUUAACCAUCACUGAAAAAUAACAAAAUUGUAUUCAGCCAUUUGUUUCUACACUUUAAGCUUGAAGGAAAUUAAUUUGAAUAUGUCUAACAAAGGAGAUGAUUGUUAUUUCUAUUUCUACUCUACUUGUACAAAGGGGGAUAAUUGCCCUUUUCGUCACUGUGAAGCUGCCCUUGGAAACGAAACUGUGUGUGUGCUCUGGCAGGAAGGUCGAUGCUUCAGGAGUAUUUGCCGCUUUAGACACAUGGAGAUUGAUAAAAAGCGCAGCGAAAUACCAUGCUAUUGGGAGAAUCAGCCAUUGGGCUGUCAGAAAUUGAACUGUGCUUUUCACCACAACAAGGGACGUUUUGUGGAUGGGCUUUUCUUACCUCCAAGCAAGACUGUUCUUCUAAAUGUGCCUGAGUCUCCAGAAGAGGAGAUGAAGACUGCGCAACAAAGCAAGCUUUCUGUUCAGUCCAACCCAUCACCUCAGUUGCGUGGGGUGAUGAAGGUGGAAAAUUCUGAAAAUGUUCCCAGUCCCACACAUCCACCGGUUGUUAUUAAUGCAGCAGAUGAUGAUGAAGAUGAUGAUGAUCAAUUAUCUGAAGAAGGUGAUGAAUCUAAAAUGCCUACUCAACAACCACCUACAGAAAGUCCAAAUGGAUUGAGGAUAAUUUCUACUCGGAAAUCAGUGACUAGUGCAAAUCAAGAUAAAGAUAAAAGUUUGAAUUUUGGGAUCAAAACUCUUGAAGAAAUAAAAUCAAAGAAAAUGAAAGAAAAAUCAAAGCAGCAAAAUGAUAUUCCUUCUGAAAUGAUUGCUCAACCAGGCCCAGAGAAAGAAAAUGCACGGACUGUGGUCAGAACUGUAACUUUAUCUACGAGGCAAGGUGAAGAGCCUCGGAUUCGAUUAACACUUGCAGAGAGAUUGGGGAAAAGGAAGUCUCCCAUGGGCACCGAGACUGGGAUUCCAUUAAAACGUAGCCUUGCUGAUAGACUAGGGAAAAAAAUGGAUUCACUUGAAAAUACAGAAAAAACACCAAAAAGAGUUCAAGCUCCCAGGGCUCUUAAAGAAAGAUUGGGAUUAGCAUCUGACCAAAGCAAUAUGGAAACAGAGUCUUUUGCCAAACCAACUGGUGAAAUCUAUAUUAAAACACUUGAAGAAAUUCGCUUGGAGAAAACUAGCCAAAAAAUGGGAGAAAUGCACCCCAAACCCAACGUUGAAGUGGCUUGUAUAACAAAUCCCAAUCCAGUGUCAAAACCUCCUACAGUACGGAUCAAAACUUUUUCUGAAGUCUUGGCUGAGAAAAAACAAAGGCAAAUGGAAGAGGAGCGAAUAAAAACAGAAACAGAGACUGUGUCCAAACCAAAGCAUGAGUGUGAACCUCGGAAAGAAGGGCUUCUGAGUACAGCUGUACCUAAAAGAAGAAAAUUGGAAGAGUCUUCUGUCAAAACCAAGGACUUUAGGGAAGUUCAUAUCAAAACUCUGGAGGAAAUCAAGCAGGAGAAAGCUCUCCGCAUGCAGCAAGGUUUGGAGAGCACAUCAAAGACACAGAUACAAUCUGAACGAACUAUAACUGGGAGAAGAAUGUUGCAUGCUACAAAGCUGAUAGCUCCUGAAAAGGAAGAAAAAACUCUGGUAUUGAGGUCUUCUCCAAGAAUUUCUAUAGGAAAGAUUGCUACAAAGCCUUUGAAUGAUAGUGUGAGUAAUUCACAUUCUAAAGUCUAUGUGAAGAGCUUAGAAGAAAUAAGGAAGGAGAAGCAACGGUUAAAGCAGCAGCAACAAGAGGAAAAGUCCCAGGAACUACAAGUGACUGUGCCACUUGUUGGGGAAGAAAUAGCAGAAGGAAAAAUGCCAGAAGUGACUACAAAUUCUGAAUCCUCAGUGACUAUGGGGAAAACGCGUCCACUUUCCAAAAGAUUGUUGGUGAGAUCUCAGGAGGGAACAUCAGAAGACCUGAGGCUUUGCCCGCAGGUUGCAGAACCAAGAACGAAGGCCAAACCCAAGAUGAAUGUGAAACCAUCUGGAGUGAAACCCAUUUCCCCAGCAAAACAGACACUGAAGCGAAAAAUAUCAGAGACUCAUCCCUCUGUGGCUGCAGUGAAGCCCCUGAGUCCUAUUGCAAGCACAGAAAUGAAAAAGUUUGCUUCUGAAAACACAGCUCUGGGAAGCUCACCAGAUCUUUCAAAGGACAAUAUAACUACAAUGCCCAAGAAAGUGGAUUAUAACAGCUCUGAACUGUAUAUUGAAAACCAGGUAACCUCCACAUUGCAAGCAGAGGUCGCAAACCCAAGUUCUUCCCGUGCAGCAGGAGCAAAGACCCGCAGACUGAGCUCAACAGGACCUGGGAAGAUUCAGUCUUCAGUUGAAGAUGACUUUGAUAAGCUGAUUUGGGAAAUCUCAGGAGGCAAAUUGGAAGCAGAGAUUGAUUUAGAUCCAGGAAAAGAUGAGGAUGAGCUCCUGCUUGAACUCUCUGAGAUGAUUGACAGUUGAUUUGCUACACAGCUUCAUUUUGAGAGAAAAUAAAAACUACAUGUUUUGUUGGAUUACCCUUUCUCCUAGAAGAGUUAUGACAAGUCUUAAAGCACACUUGAAACUGCUUGAAGAACUUGGCUGCAUUACUUUGUUUUGAAUUACCCUGCUGGUCAGAGAUAUGCCCCAACUAUUGCUCAUUUUAAAUAUUUUCAGAAUGAAACCAUGAACAUUUCAUCUAGAGAAGAUCCAAGACCUACUCAUAAUUCUACAUAGGAACUUUUUUUCAUCAUUAUAUUUUUUACUGAAUUGUCAUACCUAUUUUUCAGCUGUGUGGCUCAUAAUUUAUCUGUAUUUCAGAGCUUCCUUUUGCUUUUGGGGGUUAUUUUGCAGUUCGGAGUCACUUCUUGGGUUAUGUAAAUUUAAAAAAAUCCUAAAAAUGGCAGAACUAUUUAUAAUGCAGAGGAAAGGAACAUAAACUUGGACCAAGCCUACUACAUGUGCAACUUCUAUCCUUAUACUGUUGAAAAUGAAGCAACAUUUAUAUAGAAGAUGGAAUAGCACAUUUUACUCUCAUCCCACUCAUCUUGUGCCAUUUUUCAUUCAUCUAGUAUAUAGAAAUUCAUGGGGAAAGUCAUGCCCCCUUUCUAAUUUAUUCAUUUGAGAGAUAAUUUAAAACUUGCCCUGAAUGGAGAGUAUGAUGGCCUGUACUGCUGGCGCUACAUGGGGCGUUUUAAGACAACCUUGGGACUGUUGUCCUCUGGCAUCUUAAAACAGCUUGAGACAUCUCUGCUGAGCUUCUGGUUCUUUAGUUGCUCACUUAACUGUUUUUCCCCGUAACAUUAUUUUCAACCACAUGUCUACAUUGUAUUUUCUGAAUUUUCUCAUGGACUCAGCUAUGGCCAAAUGAAGAUUUAGGAAUAUUGUGUAUCCUGAAAUUCUUGUAUUUUGUAUAUUUUUUUCCAUUCUUAAUACUAUUG